AUGCUAAUUUUUUAUCUGCCAGCUUAUAAAAAUUUUCCUAAUGCCAAAAUUGAGGGAAAACUGAAGUUAGAAGAGUAUGAAUUCAGUCUCUAUGGUUUUAUAUGAAGCUAUGGCUCUGGAAAUAUUGGGCAUUAUACAACUCAUAUUAAAGAUGGGAAUGUUUGGAGAUUAUAUAAUGACUCAACUGUAAGUGAUAAAAGCUAUGAUGCAGGAAAUAGCUAUUUAGUUUUUUAUUUAUUAAAUAAGUCGAGGACUUAA